UCUCCAUCUUCUUUCCGGAACCAUGGUCCUCAUUGACCUAAACGAGCCACCACCAGAGGGGAAUGAGAGGUUGGAAGCUGGCAUAGGUGUUGGUUAUGGUGAUGCCGGGCGUGGCCAUGGAGUUCACGGGCUCGCCGGGGCCGUUCUAGCGGGAUUCCGUCAAACUGCAGUUCGGCACGCCGGCGUGGCUGACGACGGAGUCAGUAGCGCCACUGCAGGCCGUGUUCCCAGCCGGCUAGGCCUGUCAGGCCGCGGUAUGACCGCCGGGUGGUCCGCUGGUGCGGGCCUAACCGGGCAAGCACGAGGUCCGGCGCUCGGCCUCACAGGGCGCGGGCACAGCCUAGGCGGUGGAGGUGGCCGUGGAGAGUGCUACGACGCUGCCGUACAUGGCCGCGGACAAGGCAAUGAUAACACGGCUGUGGGGGGCGACGUUGGCUAUGGUGCUGGGCAUGGCCUUGGCGUUGGGCGUGGCGCGGGAGGUAGUGCUGGCCGUGGCGUUGGGCGCGGCGCCGGUCGUGGCGUCGGUCGCGGCGUCGACCAGGCUGCCGGCCGUGGCGUCGGUCGCGGAGCCGGUCGUGGCGUCGGCCGUGCAGCCGGUCGUGGCCGUGGACAUAGCGACAUGGACGAGGUUGCGGGCCGUGGCGCCGGUCGUGCAGCAGGACGUGGCCGUGGAGCCAGAGGUGGGCGUGGGCUGGGCAACGUCCAAGAGGCCGUGGUCAUUGGUGUCAGACAUGGCACCGGGCCUAGCGUCGGGCAUGGAGCCGGACGUGGCCGCCGCAUACUAGGCCCCUGGUAUUGAGAAGGUGAUGCUGCCGGCGACGCUAGCAUGGACGAGGACUCGGACAGCGACAGCGAGAGCGAGAGCGACUCGGACAGCGACAACACCCAAGCUCGAACGGUGGACCUAAAUCAUUUGGCGAACAUUCGAACCAGAUCUCAGUACACCAACAAGGACAAGCGACAUGUUUAUAAUGUGCUGUUACAGAAAAAUGGUCGACUAGGUCGGUUGAAGCAUGGAGUGAGCAAGGCCGUGGCACUUCAAUGCAAUAUGUCACGGAGGAGUGUAGUGCGGAUAUGGAAGGAUGGCAUGCUUGGUGGAGGUGUAAACGCUGUGAUCAACAAGAAGAAGAAGCGAUGUGGCCGCAAACGGAUUGAGAUUGACACCGUCGCCAUGGAACAAAUACCACCGCAAGAAAGGGCAACACUUGAAUCCCUUUCGAAGGCUAUGCGCAUGUCCGUUUCAACCCUGCACCCACGUCUGAAAGAGAAGUUUCGGCGACGAGGAUCUCGUCCGUGGUGGCACGGGCCGCGCCCACCGCAGCGCCGACGCCGUUGACAGCUGCGUCAGCAGCACCCAUGGCUACGGCGCCGCCGGAGUUCUCCGUGCCCAUCACCAAUGGUUGGAGCUCCUUCUCGAGGUCCGGAAUCCAAUCUGACAUAGCUUCGCUGCUCUCGUUUCGUAUGUGGAUGAAAAGAGUAGAGGAGGGUGGGUGGAAGAACACGAGUGCUUCGAGUCAUUUUAAAGAAGUGUGUGGUGCAUGCAUGCAGGCAUGCAGCGAGGGAGAGGAAAGGAGUAACGGCCAUUUCUCUUCGUACGAGAACAGCAGCCAGCGAAUUAAUUGCGUGCGUAGGGAUCGAAACGACCGCAGCGCUUCAACCGAGCGGACCACGAAUUAAGUCUUACAUUAUGAAAAUCUGGCAAUUUUGAAAUGAGCCUUAGACUAGCCAUAAUGGAUAGUAACAUACACUAAUAACAUACACAUAUUUCUAGACAAUGUUAUUAUCUUUAUGGUGGGUAGUAACUUAAGUGUGGUAACAUGUAAAGAUUUAUUUAUUAGGUUAUAGACUCAUAUUGCAUUGGGAUAUGUGAUGUUAUAGUAACUAGCUAAGUUACUACAAUUAUCUCUCUCUUCAUUAACUCAUUGCCACAUAAGCAAAUUUGCUGAGUUGGACUUGAUGUUACUGCUGAAGUUACUCCCACUGUGGCUAGUCUUAUAAACUGGUAAGGAGGGAGUAAAGCUCUUCAUGUAUUGGUUGGGCUUCCUUCAUUUAAAUGUUUUGUUUAGA